UCGUUGCCCUAUUCUGCCGGGACAAAGUAAAAAUGCAUUGUGGUUGUGAUAGAAGUAAGAAUUAACAGUCGUGUGUAGUUUCACUUGGAUCAAGGGUUCCGGUUGACAUCAGGCGUGUUAGUGUUUUUAUUUUGUGCAGACAAAGAACUUUGCCUUCAGUUGUGAGCAGUUUGUCACAAACAUGGCUCCAACGAUUCAGACACAAGCUCAACGAGAAGACGGACACAGGCCAUCCUCUCACAGAACUGUACCAGAGAGGUCAGGAGUUGUCUGUCGUGUGAAGUACUGCAACAGCUUGCCCGACAUCCCUUUUGAUCCCAAAUUCAUCACAUAUCCAUUUGAUCAGCACAGGUUUGUACAGUAUAAAGCCACUUCUCUAGAGAAGCAGCACAAGCAUGAACUCCUGACUGAGCCAGACCUUGGGGUCACCAUCGAUCUCAUCAACCCAGACACCUACCGCAUAGACCCCAACAUAUUGUUGGAUCCCGCCGAUGAAAAACUUUUGGAAGAGGACAUCCAGGCUCCAUCCAGUUCGAAGAGGUCACAGCAGCAUGCCAAAGUGGUCCCGUGGAUGAGAAAGACAGAAUAUAUUUCUACUGAGUUUAACAGAUAUGGCGUUUCCAAUGAGAAAGUGGAAGUCAAGAUCGGUGUCUCUGUCAAACAACAGUUUACAGAAGAAGAGAUCUACAAGGACAGAGACAGCCAGAUUUCUGCUAUUGAGAAAACAUUUGAGGAUGCACAGAAAUCAAUUACACAGCACUACAGUAAACCCAGAGUUACUCCUGUGGAGAUACUACCUGUAUUCCCUGACUUCAAGAUGUGGAUCAACCCAUGUGCUCAGGUCAUCUUUGACUCUGAUCCUGCACCUAAAGACAUAUCAGGACCAGCAGGAGUGGAAAUGAUGUCUCAGGCCAUGAUCAGAGGUAUGAUGGAUGAGGAAGGAAAUCAGUUUGUGGCCUACUUCCUGCCCAAUGAAGACACACUUCGCAAGCGCAAGCGAGACUGUGAGGAGGGAAUGGAUUACAUGCCUGAUGAUCUGUAUGAUUACAAGAUAGCCAGGGAGUACAACUGGAAUGUCAAGAACAAAGCCAGCAAGGGUUAUGAGGAGAAUUACUUCUUUAUCUUCAGAGAUGGAGAUGGUGUUUACUACAAUGAGCUCGAGACAAGGGUGCGUCUGAGCAAGAGAAGAGCCAAGGCUGGAGCACAGUCGACCACAAAUGCUGUGCUGGUGUGUAAGCACAGAGAUAUGAACGAGAAAGAGCUUGAAGCUCAGGAAGCACGUAAAGCUCAGCUGGAGAACCAUGAGCCAGAAGAUGAAGAGGAAGACAUGGACUUGGAUAAGGACAUGCAGGACUCUGGUGAUGACAAAGAGAAGGGCAGCGGCAGUGAGGCAGAGAACUCUGGUAGUGAAUCUGAGAGGGAGGAUGAAGAGCGGGAACAAAGGGGAGAAGAUGAAGAUGAGGAUGAGGACAGAGGGAAGAGAAGGAGGAAAGCAAGCGGCAGUGGAAGUGAAAGCGGUGAGGAGAGGACCAGAGAGAUGCGAGAUGAGGAGGAGAUCUUUGGCAGUGACGACGACAGUGACGACAACGAGCCCAAGAACUCAGCCAGGAGCAGCGGAGACGAGGGCAGUGGGAGUGAGGAUGAAGGUGGGAACAGAGGAGGCAGCAGGAGUCGCAGUGCGUCUCCAGCGCACAGCGACCGUAGCAGUGACCAUUCAGAGACCCGGGCUCAAAGUGGAAGUGGAAGUGAGAGAGGCUCAGACUCCAGUGAUGCCAGUGACAGUGAAUGAGACCUGUGGUCCGGACAGCUUGGCGACGGCUACCUAUCUUAUCUGUAUAUUCAGCCAGCUACAAACACUGAUGAUUGCAAAUAUCCAAUGAAAUUUGUGAGUGAGAUGCUCAUUGCUUUUGGACUGGGAUCUCUCUUCAGUCCAAUUUUUAGAUUUAGCCCAAGCACCAGUAGGUAUUUGUACGCCAUUCCCCUGAUUUUGUCUGUCAGAUAUUUAGUAUAGUAUCAUGUAAAAAUGUCUUUGUUCUCUCAGCUAUUGACAUGUCAUUAUGUUACAGCUUUGAAACUGAUAAUAAAUUGCAGGUGGCAUUUUGUAAGGAA